AUGUCAUAUAAUAUUCCUUACGAUUAUACCGAAAAUGUUUAUUCUGAACAUGAGCUUAAUUUUCGUGAAUCUGUUGGGUCCGAGUGCAAACAAGUGAUAUAUUUUGCUUUAGAUGGAUUAGAACGCAAUAUUAACAGAAAAGGAACAUCUAAUAUAUGGG